AUGCACCGCGCUAAGCCCAAAGCUCCCCUUGGCAUCAUGGAGAAGCGGAUCCCGCAGAACCCGCGGUACAAGAACACGCAGAGCAAGAUCGACUCGGGCUCGACGGUGAACAAAGUUCGGCUGAUCUCCCACAAGGAGUUCUUGAAGCGUCGAGACGAGACCUUCCGCCGCAUCACGUGCCGCUGUCUCGCCGAUCUCUUCAGCGAGUACGAAGACACUGGCAGCGCCAGCCAGCCGGAAAUGGUGGCGAGGAUGGUCAAAGGCGCCAACGGCGAGUUCUCCAUGGAGCGAGUGCCAGUGGGUGACGACAACCAGGAGAGCUGCGGCCCUCGCAUCGUGAGCUACGACGCGGAGGAGAAGGAGGACUACGACCCGCCCUACCUCGUGCUGGACACGCGCUCCAAGGAGGAGUUCGCUGCCAACCGCAUCCACCGAGCCAAGAACUACCCCGCGAAUUUCCUGAACCGAGACGUGCUGUUGCCGGAGAUGCACCUGUUCAAGAACCAGGAGUCCAAGCUCGUCAUUCUCUACGAUCUGGACGACAAGACGGUGGCUCAGACGGCCCACACGCUCGUGCAGCGAGGCUUCGACAACAUUUACGUGCUCACGGGCGGACUGAUCGACUACGCCGACGAGUUCCCGGACCACAUCGAAGGCACGCCGCUACCCCCGAAACCCGUGGAUCCUACCAAGAAGCAAGCCAAACGAGACGUGUACAAGAACUCGGCUGCACUCUCGUCCACUGCCAGCACUCGCAGCGUUCGCAGUGUUGCAACGCGGCGGAAAGGCACUCCGUCCGAUUCGGUGAUCUCCAAAGCGACAGCUCGCAAGGAACGCAUCGGCGGCACUGCGAACUACAGGUAG